AUGCGUCUGAUCAACGUACGCACCAUGCAAUUGGAGGAGUUCCACAGCGGCCACAUCCCCAACUAUGCAAUCCUAUCACACAGAUGGGAACUGGAAGAAGUUUCAUUUCAGGAAAUGGGGGCGCCGAAGAUCUUUGGGAAGAAGGGCUACGGCAAAAUCCAAUCGGCAUGCUGGAUGACGCGGAAUAAAGGGCUAUCAUAUCUCUGGGUUGACACCUGUUGCAUCGAUAAGACCAGCUCUUCCGAGUUGACCGAAGCCAUCAAUUCCAUGUACCGAUGGUACAAAGACGCCGAGAUAUGCUUUGCAUUUCUCAGCGACAUUGAGAUCCACAAACAAGAUAUUGCAGCCAGUGUGUGGUUCACCAGGGGUUGGACACUGCAAGAACUUAUCGCUCCCAAACAUGUCAGUUUUCAUGACCGGAACUGGGUGUUCCUGGGGACCAAAGACAAACUAGCAACCUACCUUUCCAGGGUCACUGGCAUCGAUACCGAUGUCCUGGUUGGCCGCCGUGGCCCGGCAGGUUGUUCUGUCGCUCAACGUAUGUCGUGGGCUGCGAAGCGAGUAACACAACGUGUCGAAGAUCGGGCCUACAGUCUGUUGGGUCUUUUCGACGUCAGCAUGCCGAUGUUGUACGGAGAAGGCGAGAGAUCGUUCAUCCGGCUGCAAGAAGAAAUCAUCAAACAUUCGGAUGAUCAUUCGAUCUUUGCUUGGGAUCGGGGCCACAAGGGUUACUUCGGUGGCCACAGUGGUCUGUUAGCUACCUCGCCUUCUCAAUUCGUCAUGUGUCAAAACGUUGUCCGCUCGACAAAGACACUCCUCAGUACCGGGGGGUUCUCCAUCACCAACGUCGGCCUGUCUAUUCUGUUGACCACCAUCCCCUGGGGCAUGGAGACUUAUCUUGCCAUUCUCAACUGUAGCCUGAGGGAUUAUCCAGACAGUAGGCUCGGCAUUUUUCUCGAGCGGCUAUCUUCAGCUCGAGUUGAGGAACAGUUCGCCCGAGUCCAGUAUGUCGGAGCCACCGUUCAGCCCGUGGAGAUCAAGGAGGUCAUGAAGGACUCUAUGCGUCGGACACGGUCGGUACACGUUCGACAGAUCAUCAUUGAUGCUCCGCUUCGUCGGUGGCCUGGGUUUCGAUUUCAUGACUUGGACCUGCCCGGGUACGAUGUAGAAGAACUUCUCCAGGUCAGAUACCAUUUCAGAGAUGGGUUGCGUGCUACCACACGGUAUAGCUCGGAUGAAGUGCGCUUUGCGAUUGACUACGCUCAACACGGCGUGUCAGACCUGCCUCGCAAGCCGAUAUUUUCUUCAAUACCUCAAGGUCGUGGAACGGUAGCAGUAAUUUAUAUCCCGCCGCAGAAACAGGACAAGCACGGAGAGCGAAUCUGCUGGAUGAAGUUCGGGUUUGACGAAGAAUUCGCUCCGAUGUGCAUCUUCGGCAGGCGACGCUCGCUCUGGGGCGGGACAUCUGCACACCUUGCUGUUGAUGCCGAGUCAUUUUUGGCGGCCGAGUAUGAUUACGGAGAGCAUGCGCUGCUUUUUCGGAAUGAUUGGAUUGUACAGAACGAUGACUGUAUCGAUGCAGUGGACAUGGCCGCGCUUUGGCAACAGCGUAAUUUCUGCAUCCUCCGCGGUCACCGGGACAGAGGGUUAGAGGCCAGAAUAUCGUUUCUGAGACUUCACAUCUCAAUACGUCUGCAUUCGGUCCCGGAAUGGUAUGCUCCGUACGGCAAGCCGGCCACCCUGUUGCCUGGUAUGAAUAUCUGGACCAUCAAUGUGAGCUCGUGGAAGGAUCGCAAGCAGAAUGAAGCCAUGAAAUCGGCAUUUGGCGGCGCGGAGUUUCUACUCAAGUCUUUGGAUAUGUUGGACGAAUGA